AUGUCGGCCCGUUUAAAAAAAUCGAAACAACCACAGGCAGAACCUGAAAAAGUCGCGACGCCAAAGAAGGCGGAACGUGCUGUCACGUCUUCUGUAAUAAGUGGCACUCAAGUUACCGUCGAGCGAUCGCCGAGCCCACUUAACAUCAGCAGGACCGACGAAAAGGAGGAGCUAGCCCAUCUUAACGACCGUCUGGCCUCUUACAUUGAUUACGUCCGCAAACUUGAGCGUGACAAGGAGUGUCUGACACGACGUAUAUCCACCAUAUCCGAAGAACGCCUCUCUCAAGUAGAUGAAGUCCGAAAUACAUAUGAGAAGGAGAUCUCAUCAUUGCGUCAUCUGGUUGAUGACUUAGCCAAAGAAAAGGCUACCAGGGACGUUGAAUUAAAAAAACAUCGUGAUGAUACCGCCGACGCUAAGUCUAAGUUGGCCAAACGUGAUGGUGAAGUGCGUAGUCUUCAACGCAAGGUUGACGUAAUGGAGCGUGAUUUGGCUUCAUAUAAGCAAGAUCAUGAUCGAUAUCAGCAACUGCGUCCUGAGUAUGAGGCAUUGGAGAAAAAGCUUGAAACUCUGAUCAAGGACCUGGAGGCAGAGACUAUAUUACGAACAGAUCUGGAGAAUAAGGUCGUGGGUUUGCGGGAGGAAUUGGAUUUCAAAAAUCGCCUAAUUGAAGAGGAGCGAUCAAAAUUGGUUCUUCAAACUCUCACUGUCGAAGAAGAGAUUGAAGAUAGAAAAGCCGCAGAAUUUGAGUCACGUUUGGCAGAUGAACUACAGGCCUAUCGGCAGCAAACUGCUGAUGAGCUACAAGAGUACCGCAUUCAGAUGGAGUCAACAUUCCAGACAAAAUUGGAGCAACUGCGUCGGGCCAACAUUGAUGCUACUAGGGAUGGUGGAAAGUUGCGCGAGGACCUUAUGAUAAUGCGUAAACAGUGUGACGAACUGUGCCACGAGUUGGCCAAGAAGUCGGGGGAGGUUGACCUUUUGCAACGUCGUGUUGUUGACCUCGAAAAUCUGCUCAACAAGGAACGCGAGGACUACGAGGCCCAACUGACAUCCGAACGGGAGGAGAUUAAGCGGCUCCAGAAUGAGCUAGAAUUGCGUUUUGCCGAGUUCACCGAUCUUAUGAACACCAAAGUGGCUCUUGAUCAGGAAAUCCUUAUGUACCGGAAAAUGCUCGAGGGUGAAGAGUCACGACUUAAUCUUGCCUCUCCACCUCGUCCCAGCGCAUUCGGCAGUGGUGGCAUAGUGGGUAAGAAACGACGACUUGACUCGGGCGAUGAGAUGGUUGCAGAUGAGCUGGGCGGACCCUGCUCAUCUCGAUUCGCCUUCCGCGUAUCAACCUCUGCUAUUGGUGACAUCGAAUUUACUGCCGAUCAAGAUGGCUCCGGCAAGUGGGUUAAACUAACCAAUGCAUCGAAACGUGAUGUUAACAUCGGAAACUGGAUCCUGAAGCACCAAGCUGAUGGCCAGGAGGUGGCCUUCAAGUUCCAUCGUACAGUGACCAUCAAGCCUGGCGCCACGUGCACAGUCUGGAGUAGUGAUUCGGCGAUAGCUCACAAUCCACCAACGGAUAUUGUCAUGAAAAACCAAGCUUUUUAUGCCGGCGCCAACAUUACUAUUACUCUAUUCAACGAAGAGGACCAGGAACAGGCCUCGUGCAUGGUCAUUCGGGAGUGUACUCGCGCAGUGCUACCUGCAAGACGUGUUCGAUCAUGCACCUCAAAGUCUGAUGAGGAAAUGUCAACGCGUUGUAAGCGGUCGAGGCAGCAUGAGCCGGAAUUAACCACUACGUCAAAACGUACUAUAGCUGCGUCGACAGUUUCUCACUCGGAUCGAAGGCGCCAACGUUCAGUGAGCCCUUUCAGCAUUACACGCAAUGAAGAAAAAGAAGAGUUGGCACAUCUUAAUGACCGUCUUGCUUCGUACAUCGAUUACGUUCGGAAAUUGGAACUGGACAAAGAACAUUUACAAAAGAAGAUUAAAGCUUACUCCGAAGAGCGCUUGAGUAAGAAUGACGAAGUGAGGAACACUUACGAGGCAGAGAUUGCGUCCCUCCGUCGGCUCGUCGACGAAAUUGCCAAACAAAAGGCGGCCGCCGACUUGGAGACUGAAAAGUGUAAAGAGGAAGCUAAGGCAGCUCAGAGUAAGCUAGCCAAACGGGAAGUGGAUGCUCGCAACUUCCAACGCCGCAUUGAGGCACUUGAGCGUGAGCUCUCUUCAUACAAAAAGGAUCACGACCUAUACGAGGCCCUCAAACCCGACUAUGACUCAUUAGAGAAGCGUUGCGGUUUGUUACGACGUGAUCUCGAUGCUGAGACCGUUUUGCGAACUGACCUAGAGAACAAGGUGGCGGGGUUGCGGGAAGAAUUAGAUUUCAAGAACCGACUGCUAGAAGAGGAGCGCCAAAAAGUGGCACAAAGCACACUUUUCGUCGAGACUGAAAUAGAGGAAAGGAAGACAGCGGAAUAUGAGUCAAAACUGUAUGACCAACUGCAAGCAUACCGUGACCAAACGGCAGAUGAUCUGAUUUCUUACAAAAAUGAAAUGGAACGUACGUUCGAGGUAAUCAUUCCGAAUUUACAACACCAUCUCCUUCGACAGACAAAAUUAAACCAAUUGCGAGCAGCCGGCACGGAUGCUUCAAAACAGGCGGGAAAACUGCGAGAGGAACUCCUCGUGGUGCGAAAAAACGCCAAUGACUUGGAACACGAAUUGACCAAAAAAGAAGCCGAGGUGGAUCUGCUGAAGCGUCGAGUUGAAGAACUGGAGCGAUUUCUGCGUCAAGAACGUGAUGAAUACGAGAAGCGUUUGGCAUCCCAAAGGGAGGAAGUCGAGCGUCUUCAACGAGAACUCGAGUUACGGUUCGCCGAAUUCGCAGACCUCAUGAACAGCAAAGUGGCGCUGGACCAAGAGAUCCUCAUGUACCGGAAAAUGCUCGAGGGAGAAGAGUCUCGGUACGUACCAGGUUGUCCAACCAAUUUCAAUGUUCCACGAUCUCUUCAAUAA